CUACUCUCAAACAGCAAGCAGCAGUAAGUUUAUUGGCUACUGCAGCUUAGAAGUACUAACCUCGUUGCCUAGCUCUCGCUGCCAAGUGCCAAGCUCUCAAACUAGUGCGCACCAUGGCGUGGCAAUUGCAGCAAACAAUGGCCACGAUGAGUACAUGCUUUCCGACGUCCUCGCCGGCAACGGUGCGCUGUGCCGCGGCGGCUCGGCGGUCUGCCAACUACGCUCCCAGCUCCUGGGAUUACGACUCCCUCCUCCAGCUCUCGCCCAACAAUGGCGGACAGGCAGAUCAAAUGAUGUCACAGGUCGAUAAGUUGAAGGCUGGCGUGAGGGAGCGGCUGGUGGCGGCGAGCCGAGGCGACCACCAAGCUGCGAAGCUCGGGCUUGUCGACACGGUGCAACGGCUCGGCAUCGCCUACCAUUUUGAGGAGGAGAUCGCCGGUAUCCUCAGCUCCGUCCACCACAAGCGUCACCGGUGCAACUGGGCCAGCGACCCCAGUGAUGUUGCUUCCGCGGCCUUGAGGUUCAGGUUGCUCAGGGAGAGUGGUUUCCCCGUCCUCUUCCCUCCAGGUACCUCCUGAAAUAUGAAAUAUGGAAAACAGACACUUCGACGAUGUAAGAAAGGAACCUAAAACUACCGCUAAAUUUUUGGAAAAUAAACAUAUCUGCACCAAAUGCAUGGUCCAGAAUCAAUCACAGUUUAAACUUUGACUUGUGUGUAUGGCACGGUUUCAUAUACUUAUGUACUUAACUGACAUUGUUUCGCUAAUUUUUUUAAAUAAUACAUUUUUUUAUUAAUUUUCAUAAAUAUUACGCCGGAUAAAAAAUUUCAAAAAUAAUACACCGUCGGCCCGCUGCAGGCCGACUGGGUCUAGUCGGCCCACAGCAGGCCGAUUGGAUUCCAGUCGGCCUACAGCUGGCCCACUGGCCCCUGUCGGCCCA